AAACCCUAGCGGUGGUAACGAGCACCUUGCGGACGGGGGAGGAAGAAACAAGAAGGCCAUGGAAACAAUGGACACAGUAAUGUCAUGUCUAGAUUCCUUUCUAUUAUCGGUAAUUGAGGGACAAGAACUGCAAAAAAGAAUGUUUAGGAAAUGAUAUUAUCUUCGGUCUAAGAAUAUUUCAAUCUACAAAUCUCAACAAUCUGCCCAAGCUCAUGCAGCUCUAAAUUGUAACGAAUGGCCUGAUAAUUAUAUUAUCUCUCUUGAUUUGGAGGCGUUAUUUAUACAUGGAUAUUUUUUCCCUGUACUAAACAAAUGGUACUUUCUGAUUUGGAAAUGUAGAAUUAGUUGGUAUUUUGAUGAGAGGUGUAUGAAUGUGAUAUUGUUUUGAGCAAUGUAUGGAUGUGAUAUCGACAUAUAUUGUAGAACAGUCGUGACAAAGGUUCUCCAGUUCACUCUUGUGCUUUGUGAAAAUUUAUCUUCUUGGCAAGCUAUAAUUGACUGAUUACCGUGAUUUCUUUUCAUUACACUCAGGUGAAAUCUGCCACAGUACUGUUUGUCUUGAUUGAUACCGGCGGUGCGAGUGCUUCAGGUUUUAUGUAGUGAGCAGCUAGGAAUUGUAAUUUUGGUUCUAGGGAGUCAAGUUUACUCUGAUGAUAGAUACAAGGGCUAGGGUAGCUCAAGGUUGAUGUUCUCUUUCAAAUCUUUGGCGUUUGGCAUCAAAAUAUUUAUUUAGUUUGAUAGCUGAUCCGCUGGAAGAGAUAUGAUGCAGUACUCUGUGUGACGUUCUGCAGCGUUGAGGGUUUAUUUGUAGCCUGAGUGUGACUCGGUUACAGAAAAUGUAUUCUUCAGAAAAGUGGCAGGUGCACAGUCAUUUAUUGCUUUUCAUCAAACCUUAUGGAAUAUAUUGUCCCAUAUUUAUAUUCAGGUUUUGGCAUAUCAUAUUUGAGGAGUUACCUAGAUAGUGGCUUAAAACUAGAAGCAACCGAGUCAAACAGAUACAGGUUAUAAUGCAAAUUGUCUCCUCUCUGGUGAGUUGGAUUUUAGGUUUCUAACAUUUCCACUAUUCUUGCUAAUUCGGCUUGAGUUAUGCUUGCACUGAUUUCUCCCUGUUUGAUUUCGACGAAGCCAUGACAAAUCAGGCUGGCCAUGUACACACUGACACCAUUCUUCCCAGGGGCAGUGCCCAAACCAAGAACAGGUUCAGGAGAGCGGCCACUGCAAUAAGGUUGGUCUAUGUUCUACAGGAGGAGGAAGAUCAGAUUCUUGACAUUCAGGUACUUGGAUUGUUUCUUCGGAAGUUCCUGUGCAGUUUAUUUAUCGUGAUGAUUGCAUGGAUUUUGGAGAGUUGGCAUAUGCAAGGGGGAGCUGUGAGGUAUUGGUUUGGAGAGUGGGUAUAUGCAAGGUUUACAUGGCAAUCCUUCCAUUCUGGCCUUCUCAUUGUCAGUUGAUAUGUAUGGUUUGUCCGAUGCUUGCGUUUUAUGGAUGAUGUCAAUUCCCUGCCACGUCUGCAGGAUCCGUGGUCUUGGACUCCUCUCAUCAGCUUAUUCAUUAGAUCAUCAUUUGGUGGGACUGUCUUCCUCUGGUAGUCUGGUGGCCAUGAUUCUGGGUUCCCUGCGGGUACUCAUUCUACAUUUGGUGCUUUUGAUUUAUUUGUCUUCUAAUAUUCUCAAAGAUAUCUGCUGAGGGUUUGAGCGGUUGUUUGUUUUGUCCGUAUAAAUACUAUGGAAUUCUUUCAAGUGUAAUGUUUCGAUUUAAACAUGUCAAUUUCACUUAAUGGAAGUACCACCUUCUAAGUUUAUUUCUUGAUAUAUA